UUUGGACCCUGAACCUGUAUGUUUUCCAUGCCUGUAGGAUAGAUGAGGGUGCUCCUGAGCACAUGUAGAGUGCAGCCCAGUCUCUGGAGACGUGAGAAGAACUAAUUAAACUCACAACACAUUUGCCUGAAUGAAUUGACAGUCCUAGCUUGGCAAACUGGUGUAUUGGGAAACCAGGACUUAGAUUAGACUCAUAAAGCUGGAAGAGAUCCUAAGGGCCAUCCUGCCAUGCAGGAACUCACAAUCAAAGCAUUCCUUCUGACAGAUGGCCAUCCAGACUCCACCACUUUCUAAAGGAGUGUGUCUGCCUGCUGGGGCUGGUGACAGGAAGGUGGUGCGUUGCAGGAUGUCUGGGAGAAAGCUGGAGGAAGAUAGGAGCAUUCUUUAUCAAACAAUGCCUCUGGAAAGAAGCUCCUUUUUACAAAGUCUUUUUGUGCUCACUUUUCUUCCUCCUUCUCUGUCUAGCUGGAAAAGUUUUAACUGCAUCGACAUUGAGAUGGUGAAGUUGGGCUGGAGAAACACAACUGUUUGGGUGUCAGGUUGCAGCAACGUGUCUAGAGUAGACCAUGGAGAUCAUCACACACAGACGGGGUAAGGACUGAUCGUUCCCUCAUCCUUAUCCCAGCUUUGACUGCAAUCCCACAAAAGGCUUUAAGAUUGCAGCGCUACUGUCCCGUCAUUGAAGCGCCAUUGCAUUAAUGCGAACUCCCGUUAACGCAAAAUGCCAGCCAAUGGCGCUUCAAUGAUGGGAUCUGUGCAACAUAAUUUGAAAGUCUUUUGUGCAAUUGCAAUCAAUCACACUUUCUGGACGGGAUAAUGACAGGAGAAGUGUGACAUUGUAUUAAAAUCUUCUUGCAAUUGCACUAUAAGAAUAGGAGAAGGAUGGGACAAGGACGUUUCGUCCCCUGUCUGAUCAUCUCCAACACAAUAAAGGUGGGGAGAGCCAGUUUUCUUCUAACAUCUAGGGCUUUUACCAUACUGUAGCCAUGUGUGCCUGCCAAUAACUGGAAGGGAAAUCCCUCCCUGAGCAUGCAUUGAGCGGCAAGACAGAGAAAAAGGGCAUGCAUUUCUCACCAUCCAAACCUCACCAAGUUAAAAAAAAAGCAUAGAUCUGGCCAGCAAAAUGGAAAUCAUAAGAAAAAUUAAGGUUGGUAAAAGAAAUAAUCCCAGGAUGCAUUUUGAAAGAAGCCUUGAGGCCAUGUCUAGGAGGUUCCACACAUACAGGCAGAGCCUUCCUUAUCCAGAUUUCCAAAAUCUGAACUACUCCGAAAUGGUCCUCCUGGGGAGCUGGACAGGGACGCUUUUGCUUUCUGGUGGUUCAGUGUACACCAACUUUGUGUCAUGCACAAAAUUAUUAAAAGCAUUAUGUGUAACAUUAUCUGCAGGCUAUGUGUAUAAUAAGGUAUGUAUGAUGAAACCUAAAUGAAUGUCAUGUUUAGACUUAGGUCCCAUCCCCAAGAGAUCUCAUUAUGUAUAUGCAAAUAUUCCAUGCUCCAACAACAUCUGAAAUUCAAAAUACUUCUGGGCCCAAGCAUUUUGGAGAAGGGAAGCACAACCUGCAUCUGUUUACUGUCCUGAGCUGGCGCUUUCCUUUCCCAUGUUGUAUAUGGUUUGGUUUGGACCAAAAUGAGCUCAAAUGUGUUGAACUGCUCUUCCUUUUUUGAGAGGUUUAUUCGAAGGCGGUGCGCCAUUGCUUCCUUGUGAGGCUGAGAGAGUAUGACUUGCCCAAGGCUACUCAGGUUUUUGGGGGAGAGAGGCUGCUCCUUUGUCCAGACUCCUCCAGAGAGAGAGAGAGACAUUCUGCCAAGCAGGACUUUCUGGUUUCCAAGAACAAGAAGAGGAAGAAGGAGAAGGAGAAGGAGACCAGGAGGAGGAAAGGGACUUCUUCGCAAGACGGAGCUGGAUCCAAACUGGGACCACUUUUGUGUCUAAAGGAAAACCACCCCACUUCAAGGAAAGAGGACACCCCCCUUUUUCCAGCAGCAGCAGCAGCAGCAGCAGCAGCAGAAGAAGAAGAAGUUUGGGUGGUCUGGACUGUUUUUAAAAGGAUUGUUUUCCUCCAAAGGUUUGGCUCCCCCCCCCCCCUUUUUUUUUGUUUGUCUGCAUUUUCUUUUUUCAAAAGGAAAAAGACUCAUUUUUGAGAAAAGGGGGGUUGGCUUAAAAACUUUUAUGGAGCGUCGUGCCCCCCUUCUGUUCUUUUUUUAGCCCAAACAGAGGGAGAAGACAAGGGCGAAGGAGGAACAGGCGGUGGGCUGCCUGCAGUUAAUUGGGAUCUAUCCCCCUCCCUCCUCCUGCGCAAGGACUGCCUUUGGAGUCAUCAUCAUCAUCAUAUUAAUAAUCAUCAUAUUUUUGUUCCAAGGGGGGGGCAGAUCUCCGUCUCUCUCGGUCUGUUGCUCCAGCAGCUGCCAGAUGACAUUCUCCUGUUCUUGGGAUUAAUUUGAAUUUUUCUUUCAUGACCCUGCCUGGGCUUUGGGGAUUAAGCUUGUCUGGCCCCAGAGGACCACCACCACCAGCAUCAGCAUCUCUGGGGCUGAGGACCCCCGCUGCCCCUUCCAUCACCACCACCCAGCGACAGCCCUGCCAAGGAGGAACGACUCUGGAGUGCCCACCGACCCCGGUGCCAUGGAGGCUUGGCUUCUUUGCUUCUGGCUACCCCUAGCAGCCCUGGCCCUUGAAGAAAGUCUCAUGAACACCAAGCUGGAAACGGCGGACCUGAAAUGGACGACAUUCCCUGAGGAUGGCCAGUGGGAAGAGCUGAGCGGGAUGGACGAGGAGCAGAACAGCGUCCGGACUUUCGAGGUGUGUGGCGUGCGGCACCCCAACCAGAACAACUGGCUCCGGACCACUUUCGUGCCUCGUUCAGGCGCCACCCACAUCUACGCCGAGCUCCGCUUCACAGUGGUGGAAUGUUUCUCCAUCCCGCGUGUCAACCGCUCCUGCAAGGAGACCUUCAACGUCUUUUUCUACGAGGCGGAUAGCGACAUCGCCACUGCCACUUUCCCGCCCUGGAUGGAGAAUCCUUACGUGAAAGUGGACACCGUGGCAGCCGAGCAUUUGACCCGUAAACGGGUGGGUAUGGAGGCCUCUGGGAAGGUCAAUGUGAAGACCCUCAAGAUCGGACCCCUCUCCAAGGCGGGUUUCUACUUGGCUUUCCAAGACCAAGGGGCCUGCAUGGCCCUGCUCUCCGUCCGGCUCUUCUACAAAAAGUGUCCCUCCGUCACUGUCAACUUUACCCUAUUCCAAGAGACGGUGCCCCGCGAGCUGGUCAUGUCGGUCACUGGGCAGUGCGUGGCCAACGCCAUCAAGGUCAGCUCCCGCCCGCUCAGCAUGUACUGCCGGGAGGAUGGGCAGUGGGCCGAACAGACUGUCACGGAUUGUACCUGCAGCGCGGGUUACGAGCCCUCCGAGGAGAACACCAAGUGCCGAGCUUGUACACCAGGGAUGUUCAAGCCGUCCCAGGGCGAGGGGUCUUGCCAGCCAUGCCCUGCCUACAGCAUUUCGCAGGCUCCGGGUUCAAGUGAGUGUUCUUGUCGGGUCGGUUUCUACCGGACGGAGAAGGACCCCGUGACAAAACAGUGCACCACCACGCCGUCUGCGCCACGCAGCAUCGUAGCCAAGAUCAACGGCUCGGUGGCCCUCUUGGAGUGGAGCGAACCAUUGGAAAAUGGUGGCCGGGAUGACGUGGCCUACCAUGUCCUCUGCACCGAGUGUCCGGAGCGGCAGAGCUGCCGGCUUUGCACCCGCCUGGCCUAUGCACCCCGGCCCCGGGGGCUGGUGGACCGGACGGUGACUGUGGAAGGACUGCAGCCAUACAUCACCUACACCUUCCAGAUCCAAGCAGUCAACGGCGUCUCGGAUCUGAGCCACAACCCGCCUCAUUCGGAGUCCAUUAACAUCACCACCAACAAAGAUGUUCCGCAGCCUGUUUCCGAGAUCGAGCAAACCUCAGUCAGUCCCAACGGGGUGACCUUGGCCUGGCCGUCCGUCCAGCCUCCCACCGGCAGCAUCUUGGACUACGAGGUCAAGUACUACGAGAAGGGCGUCGGGGGUCCCAUGUUUGUCAAGACAUCUAUGAACCAGGUGGCCCUGACUGGACUGCGCCGUGGGACAGUGUAUGGCGUCCAGAUCCGAGCGCGCUCUGAGGCCGGCUACGGUGGAUUUGGGCCAGAAAGGGCCUUCCAGACCCAAGGCGUUGACUCAGGGAGCAGCACGGAGAAGUUGGCCCUCAUUGUCGGAACGGCGGCCCUGGGGGCCCUCCUGGUCCUGGCGGUGGUCAUUGUGGCUGUUGUCUGCCUCCGGCGUCAAGGCUCCUCCCGGUCGCGAGAGACAGAAUAUUCGGACAAACCUGGACAAUACCUGAUUGGGCACGGCACCAAAGUCUACAUUGAUCCGUUCACCUAUGAGGAUCCCAAUGAAGCCGUGCGGGAGUUUGCUAAAGAGAUCGACGUCUCGUACGUCAAAAUCGAGGAGGUCAUUGGCGCAGGUGAGUUUGGGGAGGUGUGCCGCGGCCUCCUGAAGGUCCCCGGCAAGAAGGAGAUCUACGUGGCCAUCAAGACGCUGAAGGGGGGCUACACCGAGAAGCAGCGCCGGGAGUUCCUGAGCGAGGCCAGCAUCAUGGGCCAGUUUGAGCACCCCAACAUCAUCCGCCUGGACGGCGUCAUCACCAGCAGCGUCCCCGUCAUGAUCAUCACCGAGUUCAUGGAGAACGGGGCCCUCGACUCCUUCCUCCGGCUGAAUGACGGUCAGUUCACCCCCAUCCAGCUGGUGGGCAUGCUCCGGGGGAUUGCCUCGGGCAUGCGCUACCUCUCUGACAUGAGUUACGUCCACCGGGAUCUUGCCGCCCGGAACAUCCUGGUCAACAGCAACCUUGUCUGCAAAGUCUCCGAUUUCGGGCUCUCUCGUUUCCUCGAGGAGAAUUCAUCUGACCCCACCUACACCAGCUCCCUGGGUGGGAAGAUCCCAAUCCGGUGGACAGCCCCCGAAGCCAUUGCCUUCCGCAAGUUCACCUCUGCCAGCGACGUGUGGAGCUACGGCAUCGUCAUGUGGGAAGUGAUGUCCUUUGGGGAGAGGCCAUACUGGGACAUGUCUAACCAGGAUGUGAUCAACGCCAUUGAGCAAGACUACCGCCUACCUCCCCCCACGGACUGCCCCACAUCCCUCCACCAACUGAUGCUGGACUGCUGGCAGAAGGACCGAAACUCCCGGCCCCGAUUCGCCCAGAUCGUCAGCUCCUUGGACAAGCUCAUCCGCAACCCUGCCAGCCUCAAGAUUGUCUCCCGGGGGAACGGAGGGCCCUCCCAUCCUCUCCUGGACCAGCGGCUCCCCCACUACUCCUCCUUCGGCUCCGUCGGGGACUGGCUUCGGGCCAUCAAAAUGGGCCGCUACGAGGAGAAUUUUGCCAACGCCGGCUUCACCUCCUUCGAACUGGUCAGCCAACUGUCCACCGAAGAUUUGCUCCGAAUCGGGGUGACUUUAGCCGGACACCAAAAGAAGAUCCUGUCCAGCGUCCAGAACAUGCAUGUCCAGAGCAAAGCAGGACCGUCCGUCGGGGCCAAAACCGGACAUUACUGACUCAAAAGAAGGUGCGGGAUACGGAAGGCAUGGAAUAUUUUGCUUUCCAGAACCUUCCUGAGGCCUCUCCAGCAGCGAACAGGGAUCCUGACUGGGAACAGCAUCUGCCUCCCAUUUUCCUCCUCCUUUCCCUUUUUUCCAUUUGUCUGUUUUGGAACAAAAGAGCCACGUAUUCUUAUUUCCUUUCCUUGUUCCUCCUCCGCUUUGGAAGGGCUGCCAAGAGGCUUAACUCUUUAGAACGGUGGUGAAGAUGGCGGAUAGUUUUCUCCUCACUAGUUGGAGGAAUUCAUUGUUUUUUAAGUCCAGUUCUGUUGUCCAAGAUGGCUGCCUUCUUCUACAAUGGCGAAGAUGGUGGCCAGAUACCUUCCAUCUCUUCUGUUCCUGGUCAUUUUGAGUCAUUUUGUGGGCAGUUGGCUCUCCCAAGGCCUCGGUGCCCUCGCGCCAUCACCUCAGAAAUCCCUCAGAAACACAGAAAUGCCAAAGAUGGCCGCACCGACGUCAACAUCCCAUACUGUGAAACUGACCCCAAAUGGCUGCCCUCCUCUUACUCCUCAGGAGCAGAUGUUCUAAGUUUGGAGAUAGCCAUUAUGGCUGCCUUGGGGAGCUGCCACGUUGAAACAUGAGGAGAAAAUCAAGUUCUUCCAGUGGAACUGCUUGACGGCAGCCAUUUUGUGAACACUUGGUUUCCAAAAUGGAGAUUGUGAGCUUGUUUGUGCCGCCACCACCGCCAUGCUUAGCCUCACCGUAACAGGUGCUCUUUUGAGGAAAUCACCAGAGGCCUUAUAGAAACUCAUCGUCCAUCUUUUUGGAUUGAAUUCUGGGAAAAGGGAGAGUUAUUUGAUACAAAGUGGGCCUGUUCCUCUAUUAUGGGGUUUCUGUACACUUGGGGGGCCCAGCCCCUCACAUUAUGUGACCCAAAAGCCAAAGAACGAUAACUAGCUGUUGGUGUGUUUGUGAUAAUGUUGGUAAUGUUGCCCAUGUAAGAGCAAAACUUGCGCAUGACAUCAUAUUCUGCGCAAAGAUGGACGAAACCUAGCCGCUGUAUGAUGUCAUUGGGAGCAAGGCUGUGACAGCAUAACCUCCAGCCAAUGAGCUGGAAACCUGGAUGGAAACGCUGUGGAAAUGUGAGGGACUAUUGUGAUGAUGUAACCGUGUGACAAUCAGGAAAACAGUGCACUUUUUGAUGAUGUCACAAAGAGAAGUGAAGCUUUGGAUUUCGAAAUAUCUCGCAUUGCCUUGUUAAGACCAAGAGUCGCUUGGACGAAUAUACCAGGCACUGGCUCAGGAUGUCAUCUCUGCAGAAACCCAGCGGUGAUGUCAUCUCUGCGCAACUGGCGCACUGGGAUAAUGAGAUGCCACUGCCGAGAAGCUAAAACGGAUGAAGGGAGAUGAGUUUCACUCUUACUGACAUUGAAACCGUGUGCCUCCGCCUAAAACGCGGGCGCUGAUUGAUGAUGUCAUGGGGAAUGACCUGUGAUGUCAUAAGCGCCGUUUCUUUUGUAUUAUUCGUUAACCUUCAUAUUGAAGGCAGUGAUGUUACUUUUUUAUUAAAAUAAUAAUAAUAAUAAUAAUGUAUCUUAUAAACCAAAAUGAAGGGAAUGUU